GGUUCCCCCGUUUUCUCCCCUCACGUCUUCCUCACCGGCCUCACCAAGAUGUACGGCAGCGUUUUCCGGCUUUUCGUGGGCAGCCGGCCUUUCAUCGUCCUCAACACGUUCGGGGCGGUGCGGGAGGCGCUGGUGCAGAAGGCGGAGGGGUUCAGCUACCGUCCGUCCGUCCCCAUCGUCCUCAUGAUCACCCGCAAGAAGGGUGUUAUUUUUGCACCUUACGGCCCUGUCUGGAAGCAACAGAGGAAAUUCUCUCUCUCAACGCUGCGUCAUUUUGGAGUAGGAAGGCACAGCUUAGAGCCUAAAAUCAUUGAGGAGCUGAAGUUUAUAAAGGAGGAAAUGCUGAAGCAUGGAAAGGAGCCAUUUAAUGCCUUUCCGAUCAUCCGCAAUGCAGUGUCCAAUGUUAUCUGUUCCAUGGCCUUUGGCAGGCGCUUCGACUAUGAAGAUGUUGAAUUCAAGAUGAUGCUGAAGAACAUGGCGCGCGCACUAGAGCUGAGCAUGAACAGCUAUAUGAUUCUUGUCAAUAUCUGCCCGUGGCUGUACUACCUCCCUUUUGGGCCUUUCCGGGAAGUUAGGAAAACACAAUUAGAUAUUACUGCUUUUCUAAAGAAAAUAAUUGCACAGCACAAGGAUACGCUGGAUGCAGCAAAUCCCAGGGACUUCAUUGAUAUGUACUUCAUCCAUGCAGAAGAAGAAAAGAACAAGGAGAGCAGUUUUAAUGAAGACUACUUAUUUUUUAUCAUUGGUGACCUCUUCAUCGCAGGCACAGACACUACUUCCAACACAUUACUGUGGUGCCUGCUCUACAUGUCUCUUUACCCAGAAGUACAAGAGAAGGUUCAUGCAGAAAUUGAAGCAGUUCUAGGACGUGACAAAGUUCCCUCUCUUACCUACAAGGCUCAAAUGCCCUUCACAGAGGCAACCAUUAUGGAAGUGCAGAGGAUGACUGCGGUUGUUCCCCUUUCUAUUCCUCGAAUGGCCUCAGAAACUGCUGUGCUGCAGGGAUAUACCAUUCCUAAGGGCAGUGUGAUCGUACCCAACUUGUGGUCAGUCCAUAGAGAUCCUAACAUUUGGGAGAAACCAGAUGAAUUUCAACCAUCAAGAUUUCUGGAUGAAAAUGGCCAGCUAAUUAAGAAAGAGGAAUUUGUUCCUUUUGGAAUGGGUAAACGUGUGUGCAUGGGAGAGCAGUUGGCAAAAAUGGAGCUGUUCUUAAUAUUUGCAAGUCUAAUGCAAAGUUUUACCUUUUUGUAUCCUGAAAAUGCUGCAAAACCAUCUAUGGAGGGAAGGUUUGGUCUAACUUUAGCUCCGUGUCCAUUCAAUAUAAUAGCUUUGAAGAGAUGAUAUAACAUUUAAAAAGAUUAAACAAAGAAACACUGCACUUUUAAAAUCCAGCUUUAUUUUGUUUCCAGCUUAUUUUGUCACUUUCUUUCCAGAAAAACACCAGCUGCACAGGCUUUCAUAGUCAGUGAGAAUGAUCCAUUCACACUUCUGGAAAGAGAUUAUUUUUUUUUGUCAGCUGUUGCAUUCCACAAAUGAACUGAUAGCAUAGCUUGCAAUUUGAUAUUAAAACUUGCUGGACUUAACCCCUCUGUCUAUAAGCUAUUACUGUCAGUUUGUAAAGAAUUAAUUAUGGGAGAAUGG